AUGGUUUUGCACUUAUUUUGUAUCCAUUCUUCUUUAGCUGCUCGUAAUUUUCUCAUCAUAUCACUGUGCACCGCGCCAACUGAGUGCUUCUUUUCUCUCAGUUCUCUCAUCUUAUCACACAAAUCCAAGAUUUCAUUCGUGACACAUGGUUGUAUUUUCCUUCGGUGCUUGCCCCAAAAUUUCUCAGCUUUCAUCUUCAUAAUCAUCAUCACAACUGUUUUCUUCUUCUUCUUCUUUUUCUUCUUCUUCUUUUUCUUCUUCUUCUUCUCCUUCUUCUUCACCAUCAUCAUCAUAAUCACGACUUUCCUCUUUUUUUCUUCAUUUUCAUAUGAUCGUCGUUGUUGUCUUGUCUUUCGAUCAAUAGCUCUUGUUGUAUUUGCUGUUGUUCUUCCUCUUCAUCAUCAUCAUCUUCCUUUUCUUUUUCUUCGUCGUCGUACUCAUCGUCUUCGUCUUUUUUGUUGUUAUUGUUGCUGCUGUUCUUCGUCUCCUUCUCGCCAUCCAUUCGCUGUAGUGCCUAUCCGUCUAUCUACGUACGCUGAAAUAUAUCUCGCCAUCACUUUUCCAUGCACAACCGUUUGCUUCAAGCCCGCCCGUAUAUGCCCCCCCUCCCGUUCACCGAAUAAAUCCAUUUUCAAUCAAUCGAUCGAGCGUUCGAUCCAUCUAAUAAACGUUUCUUUCCCCCUGCAACCCAUUUGUAGUAAAACUGGGCUCCUUUUACCUUGUGAGAACCUUUGGGACACUCAGUCUUUUUACCAAACGAAUAUGACAGCCUCGAUCAGUAGAGAUGGAGCCGAAGCCUCCGCGGCAAGUCUCUGUCAUGUGACACGUAAGAAAUGCAUGACGGGACUUACUUCUACCAACUACAAACUGCUGGGGCGAGAGCACGUUCCAGAAUUUUCUAAAGGAAAUUCUCAGGAGAAAUCUCGCUGA